CUCCGGCCCUCCCGGAGCGCCGCGGCCUCGCCCUGGUCUGGCGCCUCCCGAGGGAGCGGCGUUGCCGGCGGAGAGCGCAGGCCGGGCCAUGACCGACUUCAAAUUGGGCAUCGUGCGGCUCGGCCGGGUGGCCGGGAAGACCAAAUACACACUGAUAGAUGAACAAGACAUCCCGUUGGUGGAGAGCUACUCCUUUGAGGCUCGAAUGGAAGUAGAUGCAGAUGGAAAUGGUGCUAAGAUAUUUGCAUAUGCCUUUGACAAAAACCGAGGAAGGGGAUCAGGCAGGCUCCUUCAUGAGCUGCUGUGGGAGAGGCACAGGGGCGGCGUGGCUCCCGGUUUCCAGGUAGUGCACCUCAAUGCUGUGACUGUGGACAACCGCCUGGACAACCUGCAGCUGGUGCCUCGGGGCUGGCGGCCCAAAGCCGAAGAGACCUCCAGCAAACAGAGGGAGCAAAGCUUGUACUGGCUUGCAAUCCAGCAGCUUCCCACGGACCCCAUAGAAGAACAGUUCCCUGUCCUGAAUGUGACCCGGUACUACAAUGCCAAUGGGGAUGUGGUGGAAGAAGAGGAGAACUCCUGUACCUACUAUGAGUGUCAUUACCCUCCCUGCACAGUGAUUGAGAAGCAGCUCCGGGAGUUCAACAUCUGUGGGCGCUGCCAGGUGGCCCGGUACUGUGGCUCCCAGUGUCAGCAGAGGGACUGGCCAGCCCACAAGAAGCACUGUCGGGAGAGGAAACGUCCCUUCCAGCACGAACUUGAGCCAGAGCGAUGA